GUGUUUUGCACAUUGGUUGGCGUGACCAGCGAUGUCCCUUCCCCGUGCCCCCUGCUCCCCCCAGGCCUGGCCACCUCUGGACUUGCUCUGCUUCAGCCGGGAUCCUGCUGUCUAACCUCCACUCCUCCCGCUGCAAAGUCAGCUCCUCCUCUGUGCAGGGAGUGCGAGCGCCUCCGGAGACAAAACCCAAUCAGAGCUCCCUCCAGGAAAGUGGCUACAGUCAUCUGCACCUCAUCCCUGCCUCCAAACAGGAGCUUCCCACUUUUAUGGGGGAGGGGUGUGUCUCUUUCCAGGAGCCCUUGGUCCUCCUCCCUACAGUCCAAGUCUGAGUCCCUCCUCUUCCCCCUUUGACCAAUGGGAAGUCCCUCCGGCUGUCUAACCUUCAUCCCUCCAGCUGCAACAUCACCCCGGAGCUCGGUGAGCUCUCCCUCCCCACCCCUUCUGCCCUCCCUCUCUCCUCCAGGUCCUCGGCUCCUCAUCCCCGCAACGAUGUCCUACUUCGCUCGUCCUUGCUCUCGCCGCUGCGGUCGGGAACCGACACAGAAAAGGCAGUGGGUCCCGUGACCGUCCCGAGACCCCCGCGUUCCCGGCCAGGGGGCGGGGGCGGCCCCAGGGAAAGGCGGGGCGGGGGCGGGGGUAAGAAAGGGGGUUUUGUGCUGCGCCCGGCGGGCCGGCGCCCUCUCCCGAGCAUCCUGCGGGCCCUGCCUCUCCGCGCGUCCGCGCAGUCCCCGACGCAGUCUCCGCGGCAGCCGGAGAUCCGAGCCGAGGACCCAGAGGCCCCUCCGGAGGAGGUGACAAACUUCGCAGUGCCGCCCCCGGCCCCGACUCUCGUCCCUCCACCGGCCUGCGGCAUGGCCCCACAGCUUCUGCCCCUGCUGGCGGCCCUGGCCCUGGCACAGGUCCCUGCAGCCUUAGCUGAUGUCCUGGAAGGGGACAGCCUCACCGACGUCUCCCUGGCACUGAGCGAGCUGCGGCCCAACGACUCGGGCAUCUACCGCUGCGAGGUCCAGCAUGGCAUCGAUGAUAGCAGUGAUGCUGUGGAGGUCAAGGUCAAAGGGGUCGUCUUUCUCUACCGAGAGGGCUCUGCCCGCUACGCUUUCUCCUUUGCCGUGGCGCAAGAGGCCUGUGCCCGCAUCGGAGCCGCAAUUGCAACCCCGGAGCAGCUGUAUGCCGCCUACCUUGGGGGUUAUGAGCAGUGUGAUGCCGGCUGGCUGGCCGACCAGACCGUGAGGUACCCCAUCCAGACCCCACGGGAGGCCUGUUAUGGAGACAUGGAUGGCUUCCCUGGGGUCCGGAACUACGGAGUGGUGGACCCGGAUGACCUCUACGAUGUCUACUGUUACGCUGAGGACCUAAAUGGAGAACUGUUCCUAGGUGCCCCUCCAGGCAAGCUGACGUGGGAGGAGGCACGGGAGUACUGCCGGGAGCGGGGUGCGGAGAUUGCCACCACGGGCCAGCUCUACGCAGCCUGGGACGGUGGCCUGGACCGCUGCAGCCCAGGCUGGCUGGCCGACGGCAGCGUGCGCUACCCCAUUGUCACACCCAGCCAGCGCUGUGGUGGGGGCCUGCCUGGUGUCAAGACUCUCUUCCUCUUCCCCAAUCAGACCGGCUUCCCCAACAAGCACAGCCGCUUCAACGUCUACUGCUUCCGAGACUCUGUCCAGCCCUCUGCCGUCCCUGAGACCUCCAACCCAGCCUCCGAUCUGGCCUCUGAUGGACUGGAGGCCAUUGUCACGGUGACAGAGACCCUGGAGGAACUGCAGCUGCCCCAGGAAGCUGUGGAGAGUGAGUCCCGUGGGGCCAUCUACUCCAUUCCCAUCCUGGAGGAUGGGGCAGGUGGAAGCUCGACUCCAGAAGACCCAGCAGAGGCCCCUAGGACCCUCCUAGAAUUCGAAACCCAAUCCAUUGUAACACCUGAGGAGUCCUCAGAGGAAGAGGACAAGGCAUGGGAGAAAGAAGAGAAAUACAAGGCUGAAAAAGAGGAGGAGGAAGAAGAAAAGGAGGAGGAGGUGGUGGAGGAUGAGGACCUGUGGGCAUGGCCCAGCGAGCUUAGUGGUCCGGGUCCUGAGGCUACUCUCCCCACUGAGCCAGUCUUGGAGGAGUUGCCCUCCCAGGAAACCCUGCCAGCAAGAACAACCCUGCAGCCUGGUGCAUCAUCUCUUCCUGAUGGAGAAUUGGAAGCUCCCAGGCCUCCCAGGGUCCGUGGACCACCUCCGGAGACUCUGCCCACUGCUAGGGAGGGGAAACUGCCAUCCCCGCCCCCUUCCACUCCUCUUGGGGCAAGAGAAGUUGGGGAGGAAACUGGGGGUCCUGAGCUAUCUGGGGUCUCUCGAGGAGAGAGUGAAGAGACAGGGAGCUCCGAGGAUGCCCCUUCCUUGCUUCCAGCCACAAGGGCCCCUGAGGGUACCAGGGAGCUGGAGGUUCCCUCUGAAGAGAAUUCUGGAAGAACUGACCCAGCAGGGACCUCAGUGCAGGCCCAGCCAGUGCUGCCCACUGACAGCGCCAGCCGAGGUGGAGUGGCCGUGGCCCCCUCUUCAGGUGACUGUGUCCCCAGCCCCUGCCACAAUGGUGGGACAUGCUUGGAGGAGGAGGAGGGGGCCCGCUGCCUGUGUUUGCCUGGCUAUGGGGGGGACCUGUGCGAUGUUGGCCUCCGCUUCUGCAGCCCGGGCUGGGAUGCCUUCCAGGGCGCCUGCUACAAGCACUUUUCCACGCGGCGGAGCUGGGAGGAGGCGGAGACCCAGUGCCGGCUGCAAGGCGCGCACCUGACCAGCAUCAGCACCCCCGAGGAGCAGGACUUCGUCAACAAUCAAUACCGGGAGUAUCAGUGGAUCGGGCUCAACGACAGGACCAUCGAAGGCGACUUCCUGUGGUCGGACGGCGUCCCCCUGCUUUAUGAGAACUGGAACCCUGGGCAGCCCGACAGCUACUUCCUGUCUGGAGAGAACUGCGUGGUCAUGGUGUGGCACGAUCAGGGACAGUGGAGCGACGUGCCUUGCAACUACCACCUGCCCUACACCUGCAGGAUGGGGCUGGUGUCCUGUGGGCCCCCACCGGAGCUGCCCCUGGCUCAAGUGUUUGGCCGCCCACGGCUGCGCUAUGAGGUGGACACAGUGCUUCGAUACCGGUGCCGAGAGGGGCUGGCCCAGCGCAACCUGCCUCUGAUCCGCUGCCAGGAGGACGGUCGCUGGGAGCCCCCCCAGAUCUCCUGUGUGCCCCGCAGACCUGCCCGAGCUCUGCACCCACUGAAGGCCCCAGAAGCACAGCAAAGGAGGCUGCUGGGACGCUGGGAGGCGCUGUUGGCCUCUCCUCCCAGUCCCCCUCCAGGUCCCUAGGGGGCCGGGGUUCUCACCCCAGUCGGACCUCACACCCUGGGGUCUUCCCAUCACGGGAAGUUACGGCAUGAGAGGGGUGGAGCUACAAUCCGGGGGGUGGUGCCUGCAAGGGGCUCCUGGGACAUACCUGGGAGGCUCCAGCACAGCACAGGCUCUCUCUCUCUCCACCCCAUAACCCGGGCAUCAGGGUUUCCCCUCAGGGCAGUGGAGAAAGUCCCCAAGUGCCUCAGCUGCCCUCUCCCUGCCAGCCACGCAGUCCCUCCGUUCCUCUAGGGGGCACUGUCUCCCUCAUCCUUGAGUUGCUAAGAGAAUGGACGGGUCAGCAGGGUGGGAGCGCCAGUAAACCAGCAGGAAAUAAAGCUGCAUUUGAGCCUCAA